UUGGUUAAUCGGCGGAGCAAGAUGAAACAGAAAAAAAUAAGGCUCCUGCAGUUGAUGACCUAGUUGAGCCAGAUGAGAAUGAAGACUUUGAUGUUAUUUGUGCUCGCAUGGAGGCAACACAACGUCAAAUCACCGAUGCACAAAGUCAUCUUAAUAGUCUUAUUGCAUCAUACAACCGUGACGUGAAAGUGUUGAGGACUCGUUUCACCUCUUCACACUAUUGCACAGAUGAAGGCCAACCGUCAAAUUUUCAUGAACAUGUUAAUGAAAGUGGUGCACCAUUUUAUACAAAUAAUCCACAGCAUUCACCUAUUCAUUCUGGUGGUCAAAGAAGAUCUUCUGAAGAUGACCUUGGAUGUACAAAUGAAGGGGUGUCAGAAAGACCCAACGUAGAAGAUGGUGUGUUCUUUUCAAACGAGGAUCCCCUUCACCCUGGGCCACACAAUAUGUUGGUGUUAGUGCAAUCGUGCAUGAACACCAAUGUGGAUGUAGCACCACAAGCCUCAGAAGAAAUACGACCACGAAGAGUAAAAAUGAAAGUACAUCGUCAUAGGCAACGAGCAGCUGCGUGCAAGUCACCUUUUGUACAAUUAUGUGUAUCAAAAUAUAAAAGGUUGACGGAGGAAGAGACACAUGUUGCCGACUAUGUGUUUGAUGAGUCAAAAGAUCCUAGUGAGAUGCUUUGUGCAUAUGGUGGCUAUGGCGUGACACGGGAACAACUUCAAUGCUUAGUAGGGGAGAGCUUCAUUGAUAUUCCGGAAAUAUGUGGUUCAAUGAGCAAGUCUACCUCAAAAUCAACACUCAAGAAAAUAUUAGGUAGCUAUUGUGUUAAUCUUGAAUGUUGCAACUAGGUAAUGCUUGACUAUUGUAUUGAUUACAUAGAUUGAUGACAAUUUUUUAAUAAUUUUGAAUUUAUAUUUCAAAUAUUUAA